UGUAGCUGUUCACCAUCAGAGUCCAGACUGAACAAGGCACUGUGGAGUGUGAACCUGUCUACAGCCACAACAAUGAAUUCAGCUGUCCUCGCCUUUCUCACCUGCCUGCUUGUCUUCUAUGCACAAGGACAACCAGCCAACAGAUCUAGCAAGUGCAAGUGUUUAAAUGGUUACAUCGACUGGAUUAAACCACAGCUCAUCAAGGCAGGGCCGGUCAUACACCCACCAAGCAUCUUCUGUCAGAAUGAGGAGAUAAUUAUUACAACAAUAGCAAAUAAGGAAAAAUGCGUGAAUCCAAAGUCGUCUCUCGGAAGACACAUCCUGAAAAGCAGAAACAGGUUUGUGAAGAAUAUCUCUGUGAGCACAACGACUUCAAGCUCAACGAGUCUCCACACGACAUCCAGGCUGUUGGCCUCCACCCCUGACCUGAAGACGAUGGACUGAACUGUUGUUGUGAUAGGAGGUGUUCAUCAUCACUGCCUUUAUCUUUAUCUGUACUAUAAGUGAUCAAAAUGUUGUCAGUGUUUGUGUUCUCUCUAUUUAAAUUGUCCUCUCGUGUAGAUAUUGAGUAAAUAAUCUGUAUAUACUUUUUUAAAAAACUAAAAUAAAACAUGCAUGUUAGUACAA